GCGCCCCCGCGCCCCGCGGACGGCGACCGCCGGCUGCCGCUGCAGAUAGCUGGAGAUGAAGGGCUGGAACUGGCUGUAAUUGCCAUAGUGCAUAAUAUGAUGGUUGACUCAGGAGGCCAAGAAAAUCUAAACGCAGUCAAGGCAGUCUGCUUGGAGCAAACCAAGAACCUCCUCCUUCAGAACCCCGCGGGUGGCGCUGUGGUGCGCGCGCUGGCGGAGUGGGCCGAGCUGGUGGAUGUGAUGGACGGGAAGCCGUCGCUGCUGGCGGCGGCGGCGCUGUGCGGGCGGCGCGACGCCGUCGAGGCGCUGCUGGACGACGGCGCGCCCGUCGACGGCGGAGGCGGCCUCUCCGCGCUGCACGCCGCGGCCUUCAAGGGCCACGCGCACCUCAUCGACGUCUUGGACAGCGAGCGGCGCGCGCCUGCGCAGGUGGCGCGCGGGGCGGCCACGGACGCGCGCGGGGGCAGCACGGGGCGCACGCCCCUGCACAUCGCCGCCGCCCUGGGCGACGCGCCCUUCGUCCGGCGCCUGCUCCACGCCGGCGCCAACGCCGACGCCGACGACCACCAGGGCGCCACGCCCGCCUGCCUCGCAGCGCUCCAAGGACACCUCCCG